AUGCGUGGUGUGUAUUCGAGAGAAGGAAUGGAGAGACGAGUGUUAGGGAAAAUGGAGUGGGUUGGAGGUAGAGGCACGCAAACGAGCGGAACUCUUAAUUCUGUCGAGACCACAUUCGCAACCUAUGCUGUUGUUCAUAUCUGCUGCUAUAAAUCUGAUUGCAGUCGGUUGUGUCAUCACCAUGCAGCUCUUUGUGUCUUCUUUAGAUGCACACCUCACUGA